UAUCCUCAUACAUGCACAAACUGGCACCUCUCGUAGCACACAGCAACGCAGGGGGCACGAGCAACUGCGAAGCUCCAAGACUGCGGCCAGGCAAGACCGCGGCGGCGUGCGGUGCCCGCGCUUCAUCGGACACUUGAGAUGCCAAGUGAACGUGACUUCCGCAUCUGAUCUUGUGACUCGGUCGUCGCUUCGUCCGCCAUUAACGGCAUUGAGGACACCUGCUCUCGAUGUAGGAGAGGAAGUAUAACAGCCCAGCCUUUCCAGACGUCUAUCCUGCCGCCCCUUCGCCCUCAUCAACAUGAACACAGCACCAGUAUUCCCACUGCGCCCCGUUUGUCUCGGCCUCGGUGUCUUCUUCACAUCGGGCGUCAUCGGCGUCAUUUCUCCCGUGAAGGGCGCCGCGAUCUACGGCAUCCGCUCCUCACCCGCCGAGGCGCGCCUCUACCCCGCGUCAGCGAUCCGCAACACGUCGCUCGGGAUUACUAUCCUCGCCCUUGUCAUGAGUGAACAGCCGCGCGCGCUCGGCACCGUCCUCCUUGGAUUCAGCGUGAUGGCGCUUGGCGACCUUGCGAUCGUCCUCGGCACGCCCAAUGUGCCGGCUGCGUCGCUCGCGAUGCACAUUGCCAAGAUUGUGGUGAUGCCUUGCGUUGGAGGCAGGCUGGUGGGGUUGCUGUGAUGGCCCAAAUGGUUGAACCGUACUAAAUAGACGGAUGUACGGGUCGAGACAUGCUCC